AUGCAUGUAAAGUUUGCUUUUCAGAGUUGGAGUGGAAAUGUGCAAGAAGCAUUAAUCACAACAGAAUUAGCUUUGGCGAUCCGCUCCGAAGUGUCCAAGAAGGAUUUAUUUCAGAACCAAGAGAAUCUUAUAGCGUUUAACUCUACAAAGGCAUGUCUUAAAUACGGAAGACGCAUCUAUUUGUCAUCAGUUGAUUGGAGUAAGGCCGGUAAAGGCUCUGUUCUGCGCGGUGGGCUCAAGGCUAUAGCCUCGCGGUUUGUGGAGCGUGACGGCGACGUGUCGGCAGGCACCCAUACCGUGACGUCAUCGGAUUGGGUGUCGAACGACCACCAGAUACCUCAUGAUAGUACUUAUCACUAA